AUGAUCAUCCUGUGCCCAAACAGACCAGGUCAGUACCCGAAGGGCCCUGGACCAGCUCUGCCCUGUGAGAAGGCAAACAUGCUACCCCUACUGCUGCUGCCCCUGCUGUGGGGAGGUUCCAUGCAGCAGCAGCAGCUAGCCUAUGGUAUCAAGCUGCAGGAAUCUGUGAGUGUGCAGGAGGGUGGAUGCACCAAUGUGCCCUGCUCCUUCCCCUUAUUUUGGAUAUUCUUGUAUCCCUCUGCUAAAAUCUACAUCCACUGGUACCACAGUGGACACCACUUACAUAGCUCUGAAGCUGUGGCUAUGAAUAACACAAAUAUACUAGUGAAGAUGGAGACACAGCACUGAUUCUUCCUCAUGGACCCCAGCGCCAACAACUGUUCCCUGAGCAUCAGAGACGCCAGGAAGAGUGACACAGGAACGUACAUCUUACGAGUGCAGAGACAAUAUACUCACCUUAGUGAUUACCAAGAGAAGAAGCUGACUUUGCAGGUGACAGACCUGACACAGAAAUCUGACAUCCACAUUCGGGGGCCUCUGGAGUCUGGCCGCCCCACACAACUGGGCUGCAGCCUGCCAGGGUCCUGCAAAGGGGGAAGUCCUCUCAUCUACUCAUGGGUGGGGGAUGCCCUUGACUCUCUGAAUCCCAAGACCCUUCACUCCUUAGUCCUCCCCUUAACCCUAAAGCCCAGGGACCACAGCACCACAGUCACCUGUCUGGUGACACUUGCAGGACCUGGGGUGACCACACAGAAAACCAUUCAGUUCAAUGUGUCCUAUGCCCCACAGAACCUCACCAUAGGCGUAUCAUUCAGAAAUGUUACAGCCCUCAAGGUUCUGCAAACCACAUCCCUUCCCAUCCUGGGGGGUGAGCAUGUGCAGCUGCUCUGUGUGGCUGACAGCAACCCCCCUGCACAGCUGAGGUGGUUCUGGGGGUCCCCAGCCCUGAAGACUGUCCCAGUCUCCAGCACCACGAUCCUGAAGCUACUUCGUGUGGGGACUGGAGAAGAAGCACAGUUCACCUGCCAAGCUCAGCAACCACUGGGCUCCCAAAAUCUCUUCCUCAACUUCUCAGUGGUUUGUGAACCCCCCCCACGUCUGCUGGGACCCUCCUGCUCCUGGGAGGACCAGAGUCUGCACUGUAGCUGUUCCUCCCAAGCUCAGCCAGCCCCCUUGCUGCGCUGGUGGCUGGGGGAGGGGGCUGCUGGAGGGGAACCCUCAGCAACACCUCCCUACAUGGUAACCUCCAGCUCCUCUGGGCCCUGGGCCAACAGCUCCCUGAGCCUCUCAGUGGGGCUCAGUGCCAGGCCUCAGACUCAGCCUGCGAGGCAGAAGAAUGUCCACGGGGCCCAGAGCACCAGUGUCCUGCUGCUGCCAG